GAGUCACAUGUUCUGGGCUCUUGGACACACGGCCAUCCCCCACUGCAUGUGUUUGAGGAUUCCAAGGCAGUGAUGCAUGUGUUUGAGGAUUCCAAGGCAGUGAUGAAUGGCGAGCUGGAAGUUACAAACCCUUUUAGUGUGGCAUAUCAACAUUCCGGUGACCCUCAUUGGCAAGAUUUGAGAUUCACGUUUGAAGAGGUCUAUUUAGCCACCGAAACCAUUCUUGUUGUUCAAGAUCGCAAUUCUACAAAUGCACCAGUUAUAGCUCGUAAUGUCACGCAAACACAUGUUGUCUCCGACAACUCUUACCAUAAUUCUCUACAGCAUGUCUCGAGUCGUAAUAUUUUUAGCCGAAUGCAUACUGUGUGUCCCCAUGAUGCCUCGUCCGAAUAUUCUGUGAAUGCACAAGUCGGCAUUAUUAUAGCAAGAUCUGGUGGCCAACCAAAUUUGCGCAUUCCACGUCCUCCCUGCAAGUCUGGCCCGACAUCUUGUAGGGGCACACAAGUAGCGAUCCACAGGGUUAAGUUUGGCAAAAUACAUUGUGCGCUUGUUCUAUGUAUGCUACAUUAA